AUGAGUCUUGCAUUGCCUGAGGACGCGGCAUCGGUGCUGGAGCAAUUUGUUCACGAUGUGGCGAACACACCUGCCGAAAUAACGCAUCUACUCGAGGAGAUACAAGCAAAGGACCUACAAAUUGCCGCUUUCAAGGACGAAAUUGCUAAGCGGGAUGCGCAACUUCAGAAAUGGGUUCGCGUCAACGGCGGCCACGUACUCAAUCCCAAGGAGGAAGCAUUCUCUAGGACGAUCAACGACUGCUAUGACAAGUGCGAGAUCUUGCAAGCUGAGAAGUGUGGCCUUAGUGAGAAAGCGUUAAUCGUGCUGGAGCGGCAAGUUAAACGUUUCGAUGUGGGCUUGAGGAGUCUAGCCUCCAGAGAAGAGUUCCCGUCUGACUGGAAUGGCCCGAGUCUGCUGUCCGGUGCUCCUACAGGUGUCAGCACGCCGGUGCCGAGUAUUGUAACGAGCGGUCCACUGCAGGCUGUUUCUGGAAAUGUUGGAACCGCCGGCGGAGCGCCGAACAUUGCGAAUGCUGCGCAACUCCGGCUGGCUCAGACGUCAGCCGCCGCUAGGACCACCCAGCAGACACCGACAGCCAACAUGACCCGCAGCCACCGCGAGGGCAGCACAGACGCGAACAAACGCCGGCGGCCGAACCCUACAUUAAGCACACUUCCUGCAGCAUCCAGCAACCUCCGACAAUCUUCGCUAGGGCCCGGCACGCCGAAGGCGGGUACACCGGCUCCAGUAGCGACCUCUUCUCGUGCUGGUUCAGCACAGCCAUCCCGUCCUGCUGCGGUGCAGAAGAAGGCCACAAUGCCGCAACCGAACCGUAAGCUCGCACCACCACAAGCUGCAGCUGCUGGCCGUAAGAGGACACGACCUAGCCACAAGAAAGGGGAUCGUAGGCGUCAACUCACCCGAGAUCGUGCAACACCAUCCACCAACGCCUCGAUUUCAGAUGGCGAGUCUGAUAGUGCUUCUCCCACACCGUCCAGCUUGCCUAGGAGCCAGGCGGACGGUGCAGGUGAGCGGCCAUCCCGUCAUGCUCAUGCUGCGGAGGACGAAGACAUGGACGGCGAAGACGACGAUGAUGCGGUCUACUGUUACUGCAAGAAGCAAAGCUACGGAAACAUGAUAGGAUGCGACAACGAGAACUGCAAGCUUCAAUGGUUUCACUGGAGUUGCGUGAACUUGAAGAGCGAGCCGCAAGGGGAGUGGUUAUGUCCCGACUGCAGCAAGCUCCCGAGGAGUGAGGUGACUUUGCGGGCUGAGGACUAA